GGAACGAGAGGCGUAACCACGCCAUUGUGCGCAUCACGCUAUUUCUCAUCUGAUCGUACGAAGAAAGAGUAAAGUAAGUGGAAAUUAAGCACGUACGGAUUCGCCACGACACGAAGAUCAUUUUCUCGAGAAUUUGGUGCAUUGUAAAGAAGACUGGGGAUCGCAAUAACAUCGGGAACAAGUUAAAUGUAUGGACAACAUGUACAGUAACAAUAUUGACCCGUGGGAGCCAGGUUACGGGCCUGAGAGAAGGGGACAUAAUUCUGACUAUGACUAUCGUAAUGAUUAUGGAAGCAGUAGGUCACCGGAUUACGCCGAGCACCGCGACAAUGAUCAUCGCGACAGGGACCACCGUAGUCCCGAAUACAGAAAUCAUCGUGGAAGGGACAGAGACCGCGAAAGGGACCGUUCGAGAGACAGAAGGGAUCGCAGCAGAGACGACAGAGACCGUAGCUACAGGGACAGAGAGGAUCGUUACGCUAGACAAAGAGACAGAGACUCUGUAGAAAGAGACAGAGACAGGGAUCGCGAUCGCGACAGAGAUAGAGAUCGCUCUAGAAGAGACAGAGAUAGAGAUAGGGAUAGGGAUCGUAGAGGGAAGCGGGAGGACAGAGAUCGUGAUCGGGAUGACGAUCAUAGCCGUGAAAGUAUGGACUUUGAGCACGACCAUGGACGUACUUACGGUUCGUCCAUGGAAGGCAUCCACUACAAAUCUCAAUCUCCGAACAACACCAUAAUGAUUCGUGGGCUUGCUCAGCACAUUACUGAAAAUGACGUGCGGCAAGACAUCCUCAACUGUGGUCUCAUGCCAAAGGACAUCAGGCUGAUUCGUAAAAAGGACACAGGUGCUUCGCGAGGUUUUGCAUUCGUCGAGUUUAACGCGACUCAGGAGGCCGCACGGUGGAUGGAGAUGAAACAGGGAGUACUGAUGCUACAGGACCAAUACCGUGCCUUGAUGCAGUACAGUAUACCGAAAGAUUGCCAUGUGGAUAAGCCGCCAGCAAAGAACACUCAGGAUUGGCAUUGCGUCAAGUGUGGAGCACACAAUUUCAAGAGGCGCGAAACGUGUUUUAAAUGUUCGGCCUCGCGGGCAGAGAGCGAAGAAGGCGGAGAGGGUAGCGAUGAGAUCAGCCCUCAUCCUACGAACACCGUCCUCCUUCGAGGAUUGGACGUGCUAACGACGGAGGAUUCCGUAUUGCAAGCAAUGAAAAACCUUUCGUCGAUGCCAAUACGGAGUAUCCGCAUUGGACGCGAUUCUCUGACCAACACAUCAAGGGGCGUCUGUUAUCUGGAAAUGGGGAACGUGGUGGAUGCAAUGUACUUGCACACGGCCCUCACGAAGCAAGGGUUGGUGGUGGACGGGAGAAAAGUGGAGAUCACGUAUUGCAAACUCCACCAAAUAAAUAAUACCAACACCUGGAAAGCGAACGACAGUCAACCGCAGAGAUACACGUUGGACGACGUUGCUCAAUUGGCAGAGUACAGCGCGAACCUGUACGCUAAGACGCCUGCGCAGAAAGCUCACUAUCUUCAGUAUUACACGCAAUAUUAUCAGAAUCAAAUAAUGCAAGGGUCCGCGAUCACGUUACCGUCUCUGAAUCAGACCGACAGAGUGAACGCUGCGGCAGCGGUGGCGCAGUCAGCUAUACAACAACUGCAAGCGUCGAGAAAGUUAGGGGACGCGGAUGAAAUGAAGAACAGACCAAUGCCAUCGGCGCCAACCAGCACGUCGUUGGCGAGCGGAAGAGUGCCUGCGCACGCGAGUGAUGGUAAAGUAUACUCUGUACCGGAUGUCAGUACCUAUCACUACGACGAAUCAUCGGGCUACUACUACGAUCCCAGUACAGGAUUGUAUUAUGAUCCCAACUCGCAAUAUUAUUAUAAUAGUCACACGCAACAAUUCCUAUAUUGGGACGCCGAAUCAUUCUCAUAUCAACCAGCAAAGACUGCUACGACCGUUACGCAAGCAACAGGAACCACCACCAGUGGGACUACAAUAACUGCCACUGCUAGCAGCACCGACUCGACCAACACGAUCACCAAUCAGGCGACAACUUCUACGGUAACUAGCGCUGCUCAAGAGUUGUCGAGGGAGGAUGAGAGUAAAAAGAAAGACAGCAAGCAGGACAAAGUGAAAGUAGCGAAGAAGAUAGCCAAGGAUAUGGAACGCUGGGCAAAGACGUUGAACCAGAAGAAAGAGAACGCAAAGAGCAACUGGAACUCGGAGUUCGCUGGUGUCGAUGGGAAUCAGGGAGUCGGGAGUGGAGCAGCGGAUGCUGGGUACGCCAUAUUGGAGAAGAAGUCUCUGGCUACCUCUUACCACGAGGACGAGGAUCAAGGUGGAAACAAUGGGUUGGUCGCUGCCUAUGGAGGCGGCAGCGACACGGAAGAAGAGAUAGAGGACGUGCAACAGGAAGAAAGACAACACACGGACUGGACCAAGCUGGCUUGCUUGUUGUGCAAACGACAGUUCCCUAGCAAAGAAGCGUUGCUUCGACAUCAACAGUUGUCCGAUCUUCAUAAACAGAAUCUGGAGAAUUGGUACCAAGUGCGCGGUUUGGACCCGAACGACCCACAGCAGAGGAAUAAUAAAUAUCGGGAUCGUGCUAAAGAGAGAAGAGCGAAGUACGGUGAACCGGAACCACCACAGCCGAACAAACUUAAAGAGAAAUACUUAAAAACGAGAGUCGAGGAUAUAUCAGUGUCUUACGAGGAGCCGACGAGAGCCGGUAUCGGUUCGGACAACGUUGGCAAUAAAUUGUUACAAAAAAUGGGGUGGAGCGAAGGAAUGGGACUUGGCAAAUCGAAUCAAGGUAGGACUAGUAUCAUCGAAGCGGAGAGAAGAGUACCUACGGCCGGUUUGGGAGCGAAGUCGUCGUCGUAUAGUGCAUUACCCGGGGACACGUACAAAGAUUGUGUGAAGAAGAUGAUGUACGCGCGUUAUCAGGAACUGUCCGACUCAUAAUAUGUCGAGUAUCGUUGUACAUAGGUUUUAUGUAUACAUACACAAGUACUUGUACUCAAUUUUUUCCAUAAACGGAUAGGUAUGUGGCGCGUAUUAUCCGGAUAGUAUAUACUGGUCUGUGUACUGGUAAUUGAGAACGGUGAUAAUCCAUUCUUGGGAAUACGUUACAUUUUUUUAUAUCUUUCCUAUACGUUUUCACAAUAUUACAUUACUUCUCUAUUCUAAGAUUCUUAGGUAAUAAUACAUUGGUAACGUUAGUUUUUUGAACUCGCUGUAAAUUUUUUUUUUUUCUUUUUUUUUUCUCAUUAGAUUUUAGUACGUCCUUUUAUGUGAUACUAUUUAAAAAUAUGCUCGUAUUGUCUUGAUACUGUUCGCGCGAUAGUUAUUCGGCUUCGCUUUAAGCAAAAAAAACUAUGCUUGUUCGUUUAAGGAAAACUAUAUUUGUUUCACUAUUUACGACCCGUACAGUGCUUGCCCAAGAAUGUACUAUGUACAAGUACCAGUAGCGAAAUAGUUCAAACAAGAUUAUCACAUCAAGCAAUUCUCGUCUAACAAUUUUGUGCACAAUACAGUACUUUUACGUAUUUCGUGAACGAAGUAUAUUAUCGAAGCAUUGUGAAAUAUCUCCGGCAACGCGAAACAGUAAUAUUAAUUACCGUCGCGUAUUUUAAUUUACACAGUUUCCAGCGAAUUUCAUGAUGCUUGGAGAAAGAAAAAAUCAAUCUACUAUUACUUAUGAAUCCAGUGCGACUAAACUCAUCACUGGUGCAUCGUAUAUUUAUUAUACUGUAACAAUUCGCGAUGAAUUUCAUAAUUAAUUUUAUAAUAGAAUUAUGUCAGAUUCACCACACACACUACACAUCUAUAUAUAUAGAGAGAGAAUUAUAUUUAUACUCGAACAUUUACAC